AUGGAUCAGGUAAUGCAGUUCGUUGAGCCAAGUUGGCAGUUUGUGAAGGACUCAGUUCGGCUGAUUAAAAGAUGCACCAAACCUGAUAGAAAAGAAUUCCAGAAGAUUGCCAUGGCAACAGCAAUAGGAUUUGCUAUAAUGGGAUUCACUGGCUUUUUUGUGAAAUUGAUCCAUAUUCCUAUUAAUAACAUCAUUGUUGGUGGCUGA